AUGGACAUCCCUCACGAUAUCGCGACAUGUCCUUUAUGCCCAUUCUCUGACGCCGAUGUCGAUUUCGUGGCCCAACACAUAGAACUAUGCCACCCAGAGACGGGCCCGGCCUUUGCAGAAGAAUCACAUCCCCUCUCGCCUGCCGGGGGUGAUGAGUCCGCCGAAAAGUACAUAGAGUGCCCUCACGGCUGCGGUGAGACGGUGACAACGGCCGAACUGUCGAUACACCUGGAUUUGCAUAUCGCAGAAGGGAUUGCUCUCGAGGACGGCGGUGUAUCCCAACCACAUAUCGACCCGUUCACAGAUGACUAUGACGCCGUGGACGAAGACGACCCACUCGACUUCCCAGAUUCUCGCAAGGGAAACAAACGAGGUGCAAAGCGUGACUUCCUGCGGGCAAACACCGCGAAACAGGGACGGCCACGAAGCCCUCCACAAGUCGUCGGAGCGGACGGUGUCCGACGACUCGGGCGUGCAGAACUGGGCCCCCAUGCCCAUGAAAAGAAGAUGCCUUCAUGGCUGAGAAAGAUGCUCGAGAAAGGAGGGCACAAGACCAGAGUUACCCAGAUCACACCCGAUGGUAGACUUGCCCGGCACGAACAAGUUGAGAACGAAACAGAACACCUGAUUCCCGUGCUGUCUCGACUAUGCGAACAGGACAAAUCCGUCCAGCGCGCAUUUCUAAGCAGCCCCAAAGUCCGCCAUAUCUGCAAGAUGCCGAGAGAGGGCGGGUUCUGCGGAUAUCGGAACAUCCAGAUGCUCAUUUCGUAUAUCAUCAAAACGAAGAGUCUGGGACAUGAGCGUUUUCCGGAGAGGGGGCCGACCAUUCUUGACCUGCAGGAUAUGAUUGAGCAAGCUUGGGAUAUGGGAUUUAACAGUACUGGAAGAUCUGAGACUGGAGGGAUUCGAGGGACUCGUAAAUUUAUUGGGACGCCUGAGGCACAAGCACUUCUACUCAGCCUUGGAAUCCAAUGCGAAGCGAGCAGUCUCACCGAGAGCAAGGACAUGCGCGCGUACGAUGCGCUUUACAUGGAUGUGGCAUCUUAUUACCGGUCUGCGUGUUCCCUUGAAGAUGAAGAGACCAAGGUAUUUACAACGGACCUACCACCCGUAUACUUCCAGCACCAAGGACAUUCCAUGACCAUUGUUGGGUUCGAGAUCCGAGACAAUGGCAGCGCCAACCUGCUGGUAUUUGAUCCGAUGUUCAAGACGUCACCGGCAAUGAACAAAAUCAUUGGCAAUUAUACCAAGCCAAACGACCCGGCUCGUUUGCUCAAGGCAUACCGACGAGGCACGGCAUACCUGCAGAAGUACAAACACUUCGAGUUGCUCAAGCUCAGUCCACCCAUUUGCAGCCCUUAG